ACGGCGUUCGCCAUGGAACCAGCAGGAGCAUCGGUGGCCAACGACAACGGAGCAGAAGGCGAGAAAUUCUCUACAGGGAAUAUCUACUCCGUCAAGUUAAUCACCGGAGAUGAGUUCAGAGGGAUCGUCAUGGCUUACGAUCCAAUCCGAAACUUCGUCGUUUUCGAAGAGGGUUCGAAACCGAGACGUGGGGAUUCGAAGAACACUCGGAUGGUGAAUGCGAGUUUCAUUACAGGGGUUUCGUAUUUGGGCAAAACAGAGGAAUUGUGUCUGACGGAGAGGUGUUGGGUUAAUCUUGAUGGGCUUCGAGCUAAGGAGGCACUUGCUAUCAGGCAAGCGGAAGCAGAUGCGGAGAGGAUGGGUGUUGGUGUUACUGCUGAGGCGCAGAGUAUCUUCGACGCGUUGUCUAAGACGCUUCCUGUGCAAUGGGAAAACUCAGACAUUUUGGUGAUGAAAGAAGUACGUGUGCGUAGCCCUUAUCUUUCCACUUGUGUCUUUGGAGGAACUGAUGCUGCCAACAACCGAGUCAAGAAAGUGCUUGAGCUGGAGAGACGAAGGUUGCAACUCUUUGCCACAUGAGUCCAGUGAAAAGAGUCGGUCAGUAAAAAGAUCUAAUCGACCAAUGAGAAGUGUGUGUUUCACUUUUCGCAUGUUGUUGUUUUUACCUAGAAUCUGCUUGUCUUAGAUUUUCAGGGAUUGAAAUUCAUGUGGAUUACGCCAUCUCCUUGUUUUUGUUAAUGUUAUUACAUCAUCUUAUUUAAUACACGAGAUAUACAACUAACCAACGUAAGCUUAGACAACAGAUCAAGAUACUAUCAAACUUUAGCUUGAGAACGGCUCAUCAAGCAUCACAAAAGAUGUCUUAGUGUGUAAUGUUUUCAAGUUCCGACAAAGCCAACUCCAGAGACGAGAAAAGCAGCCGCUUGAAUGAAGAGAUAAAUAUAUAACAAUGUGUUUCCAAAGAAAAGUCCAUAGCAAGCACAACACAGUAUGUAUACCCCCAUCAUUAUCUCCUUCGAGUUUAUGCUGCAACCAACCAAACACUCUUCUAAGUAUUUUAUCAAGUUUUUGUUUUACUUAAUUAAUUAGUUACCUUUCGAAACAACCGUUACGAGG